CAUCACAGACUCUCCUCCUCAGAAGUUUUGCAUUAGAUUUGCAAAAUGAUGAGCACCUCUUUGAUCUGGGGGAUUGUUAUAGCAGCGUGCUGUUGUUUGUGGCUUCUCCUUGGAAUGAGGAGAAGGCAAAUGGGUGAACCACCUCUGGAGAAUGGGUUGAUUCCGUAUCUGGGUUGUGCUCUGCAGUUUGGUGCCAAUCCUCUUGAGUUCCUCAGAGCAAAUCAAAGGAAACAUGGUCAUGUUUUCACCUGCAAACUAAUGGGAAACUAUGUCCACUUCAUCACCAAUCCCUUGUCAUACCAUAAAGUGCUGUAUCAUGGAAAAUACUUUGACUGGAAAAAAUUUCACUUCACUGCUUCUGCAAAGGCAUUUGGACACAGGAGUAUUGACCCCAGUGAUGGAAAUACCACCGACAACAUAAGUAAAACUAUCAUCAAGACUCUGCAGGGCGAUGCCUUGAAUUCCCUCACAGAAGCCAUGAUGGAAAACCUCCAACUUGUCCUGAGAUCCCAGGUGGUUCCCAAGCCCAAGACGCCCGCCUGGAUGUCAGAGGGGAUGUAUGCCUUUUGCUACCGAGUGAUGUUCGAAGCUGGGUAUUUCACGCUCUUUGGCAAAGAUCUCACAGGGCAAGAUGCACAAAAAGCACUCAUUCUAAAUCACCUGGACCACUUCAAGCAAUUUGACAAAAUCUUUCCGGCCCUGGUAGCAGGCUUCCCCAUUCACGUGUUCAAGACGGGCCACUACGCCCGGGAGAAACUGGCGGAGGGCUUGCGGCUCCAGAAACUCAGAAAGAGAGACCACAUCUCGGAACUGGUCAGGUUUCUGAAUGACACGCUUUCCACCUUGGACGACACGGAGAAAGCCAAGUCACUCCUCGCUGUCCUCUGGGCCUCGCAAGCAAACACCAUUCCAGCGACUUUCUGGAGCUUCUUUCAGAUGAUUAGGAACCCGGAGGCAAUGAAAGCGGCCACUGAAGAAGUGAAUAAAAUGCUAGAGAACGCUGGUCAAAAAAUUAGCUUUGAAGACAAUCCAAUUUAUUUGAACCGGAUACAACUGGAUGACAUGCCUGUGCUAGACAGUAUCAUCAAGGAGUCUCUGAGGCUUUCCAGUGCUUCCCUCAACAUCCGGACUGCUAAAGAGGAUUUCACUUUGCACCUCCAGGACGGUUCCUAUAAUAUCCGCAAAGAUGACAUCAUAGCUCUUUAUCCGCAGUUAAUGCAUUUAGAUCCAGAAAUCUACCCAGACCCUUUGACAUUUAAAUAUGAUCGCUAUCUUGAUGAAAAUGGGAAGACAAAGACCGCCUUCUAUAGUAAUGGACUCAAGUUAAAGUAUUACUACAUGCCCUUUGGGUCAGGGGCAACUAUAUGUCCUGGAAGAUUAUUUGCUGUCCAGGAAAUCAAGCAGUUUUUGAUUCUGAUGCUUUCCUAUUUUGAACUGGAGCUUGUGGAGAGCUGUGUUCAAUGUCCCCCUUUGGACCAGUCCCGUGCAGGCCUGGGCAUUUUACCACCAUUAAAUGAUAUUGAAUUUAGAUAUAAAUUCAAACAUGUGUGAACAUAUGCUUGGAAAAGAGGACCCCUGAUGCUGUUACAAGACUGCAGAGCACCAUCAUUUACCAGUCCCUUUGGACAGACAUGCUUAGUGGUGGUAGAAUGGAUGCAGCAGGUCCAGUUCUGUUCACCAGCGCUUGCUUGUGAAUCUUAACAUCUUGUUGAUGGUUUGCAGAGGCUAUUUCAGACCCUGCAAGUGAAAAAAAAAACUAGUUCCUAGAAGCACAAUUAUUUGUUUUCAUUUCAAUACGUCAGUGAAUGUUCAUAUAGCCACGGACUGAACUUCAUUAUUUUCAGAGGAAAAAGUCUUUUUUUUUUUUUUUCCAGAA